GUUGGAUUUGAAUCUUUCCUCUUGUACCAAACCUGCACCUGUUUCUGGAGGGGUGUUGGACCACUCACCUGAGAGGACUGGAAGUUCUCCAGAGAGGGAGGAGAACAUGAGAACAGCAGGACAGGCAGAGACUGUAAUAUCUGAGAGAUGGUGAGGGUGUCAGGAAGAGGACAGAAUUCAUUUUUUCCUCAUCACUGGUCAGAAAAUGAACAUGUCAGCAAGGGUAGUGUUUGGAAAGGGGCGCCUCACUCCCAAACAGCUCUCUUUCGCUUUCCCUCAGACGGAUUCCCUGAGGAAAGGCAGCCGGUCUGCUGGAGCAAAGAGGAGGAUGUUCUCGUUUUCUCUCAGAUGUCGACUGGGCAUCAUCAGAGGGAGAACCAAAGAUGAAGGGCCAUACUCAAAGGGGAGCAACGAGUCCCGGGCAUCUGACCAAUCACAUCCGUCCUGCAGGCGAAGCUUCUCAGCAGACGAGUACCGAGGAGUGACCACAGUGGACCUGAUGAAAAGGGAAGGCAGCAGCCUUGGCCUCACCAUCUCCGGAGGCUCCGAUAAAGACGGCAAGCCCAGAGUGUCAAACCUACGGCCAGGUGGGCUAGCUGCCAGGAGUGACCAGCUGAAUGUGGGAGACUACAUCAAGUCUGUGAAUGGCAUCAACCUCUCAAAGCUUCGCCAUGAUGAAAUCAUCAGCCUGCUGAAGAACAUUGGGGAGCGAGUCGUGCUGGAGGUGGAGUACGAGCUGCCUCCAUUUGUCCAGAACCCCUCAGGAGUCUUAACCAAAACCAUAGAAGUGUGUUUACACAAAGAGGGAAACAGCUUUGGGUUUGUCAUGAGAGGAGGCUUCCAUGAGGACUGGCGCAGGUCUCGUCCUCUGGUGAUUACGUACGUCAGGCCCGGAGGUCCCGCUGACAGAGAGGGCACUUUGAAGGCCGGAGACCGAGUAUUGAGCGUAGACGGGAUGCCUUUAAACAGAGAGAAGCACGCUGACGCUUUGACCAUGUUGAUGCAGAGCGGCCAGGAAGCUCUGUUCCUGAUUGAGUAUGACGUCUCUGUCAUGGAGGCAGUGCAGCAAGCCUCGGGCCCUCUGCUGGUGGAGAUAGUGAAAGGUCCCUCAUCCAGCCUGGGGAUCAGCCUCACCACAACAAUAUACAGGAGCAAACAAGUUAUUAUUAUUGACAAGAUCAAGCCAGCCAGCGUGGUGGAGAGAUGUGGAGCGCUGCACGCAGGCGACAUCCUUCUGUCUAUAGACGGGACCAGCACGGAGCACUGCUCUCUGAUGGAGGCCACGCAGCUGCUGGCCAGCACCUCUGAUGUUGUGAAACUGGAGAUUCUCCCGGCCAGUCAGAGCAGACUUCCUGUCAGACCGCAGGACGCAGUAAAAGUGCAGAAGAGCAACCAUCAUCACUGGGACCAAAGCAGCAACUACUGCCAUCCCCCACAUGCCAGCCACGGCAAGACAUGGAGCAGCCCAAGCCACCCACACAACCAGCAGGACCACUGCAAAUCUCUGGUGAGCGGUGGCUUCUCCCCUUCCUCCACAGCCACCUCAGGCUUCAGCAGCCAGGGAAGCAACACGCUGCCCUGUCCCAUCCCGCCGAUAGCCCCCACCAGCCCCCGCAGCUCCACGGGCAAGAGGAGGAACAGGAAGAAGGACCACAAAAGCUCACUAUCUCUGGCGUCCAGUUCUGUCGGCCCAGGGGGGCAGGUUUUUCAUGUGGAAACGAGCGAGGUCGUCCUGAGGGGGGAUCCGCUCACAGGUUUUGGGAUCCAGCUGCAGGGGGGUGUCUUUGCCACAGAAACCCUCUCUUCUCCCCCAGUCAUCCGCUUUAUUGAGCCCGACAGCCCAGCUGAGAGGUGUGGGCUGCUGCAGGUCGGGGACAGACUUUUGUCCAUUAAUGGGAUCCCGACUGAAGAUGGCACUCUGGAGGAAGCCCAUCAGCUGCUCAGAGACUCGGCUCUGUCCAAUAAGGUCACAGUGGAGAUUGAGUUUGACGUUGCAGAGUCAGUGGUUCCCAGCAGUGGCACAUUUCAUGUUAAACUACCCAAGAGGAGAGGAGUGGAGCUGGGCAUCACCAUCAGUGCAAGCAAGAAACCAGGCAAGCCCCUCAUCAUCUCUGACAUCAGAAAAGGAAGUAUAGCACACAGAACAGGCACUCUGGAGCCUGGCGACCGGCUGCUGGCCAUCGACAGCGUGCGCCUGGAGAACUGCACCAUGGAGGACGCCAUGCACGUCCUGCAGCAGGCCGAGGACAUGGUCAAACUCCGGAUCCAGAAAGAUGAGGACAACAUUGAUGAGUUGGAGAUGUCGGGCUCUAUAAUCUACACAGUGGAGCUGAAGAGAUAUAACGGACCACUGGGCAUCACCAUUUCUGGCACAGAGGAGCCCUUUGACCCCAUCGUCAUUUCUGGCCUCACCAAGAAAGGCCUGGCAGAGAGGACUGGAGCCAUCCAUAUAGGGGACCGAGUGCUGGCCAUUAAUGGGGUCAGCCUAAAGGGAAAGCCGCUGAGCGAGGCCAUCCACCUCCUGCAGAUGGCCGGGGAGUCCGUCACCCUCAAGAUAAAAAAACAGGCUGACCAGUCUGAUGGCCGGCGGCCCCCGACGGACAGAGAAGCUGCGUUUUUAAGUGACACAGAAGACGACCUGACAGACUCCCACAAGACCAGUAAACACUCCGAGGUCUACUCAGCCACUCUGCCCAGUAUAGACUCUGCAAUGAGCUCCUGGGACAGCUCAGGGUUUGAUGCAGGCUACGGUAGCCAAGGGACAUAUCUUCACAAAGCAUCUGAUAUAUUACUCAAUCCAAAUGAGUGGCGACGCACAAAGCACAGGAGCCAAACCAGUUCCAGCUCUGCAGGCCUGCUCCACCAUGCAGGGCUGUAUGACGGCAGGUUCACUGAGGACGAGUGGGAUAAGAUACCUGGAUUCGUCAGCCCCCCUCGUUGCCAUGGCACCCUAAACCAGGGAGACAGCUUCUGGUCCCAGGCUCUGCAGGACCUCGAGACCUGCGGCCAGUCAGAGAUUCUCAGGGAGCUGGAGGCAUCCAUGACAGGUAGCGCUCUCAGUCUGUAUCUAGAGGAAACCAAGACCAACGACGACUCAAUGUUUCAGUCUGAAAUAAGUCCCAUUAAGAGGGAGGGAGUGCACUGCGAGUCUAUAAACAAAAGCAACCUGAACAUGUCGACUGGAUCCAGAGAUGCACCGUCCCGGGGCAGAGGGGACCCCUCUGAUAUUCUGUCCCCUACUACUCUGGCACUGCACAAGGUGGCAAUGAGAAAAGACCCUGAGAGCCACGACUUUGGCUUCAGUGUAUCUGACGGGCUCCUGGAGAAAGGGGUUUAUGUCAACAUGAUCCGCCCCGACGGCCCUGCUGACCAGGCAGGGUUAAAACCUUUCGACCGCAUUCUUCAGGUGAACCGUGUCAGGACCAGGGACUUGGACUGUUGUCUAACUGUGCCCCUAAUAAUAGAGGCAGGAGACGGCCUGGAUUUGGUCAUUAGCAGAAAUCCACUGGCAGCAGCCGACACCGACUGUGACGAGCCCUCAAACUCACUGUUCUGCUUCCCGGAGCACAGGACCAACAGCAUCGCCCUGUGACAUCAGAGGCAGACGCUCGCUUUUUGAAACACCGGGAACAACACACACGCAUCAUGUCGCACCCAGUUAGGUUUGUCACAUGGUACCUCUCAGACAGACCUUCACACUCACGCAGAGCAUCGUCACAGAAACGGCCACUCUCACAGCCUGAAAGCAUCCCUCACUCACAAAGUUACAAGUGCAUGUGUUCACUAAUGCCGGUUUUAGUCACUGUGUUCACAUGAUGCAGUUCAGAGGAGGCUCUGGCUUCAGGGCAGCCCCAACCCCACCCCUUUCCUCUCCAGAGGCAAAGCCACAUGCAGGGUUAUAUAACAGGGGGAGUCAUAGCUUCUGACUGAGCCAGGAUGUCAACACACACGCCUCAGCUCUGGAGAGUCAAAUGCUGCACACACACACACACAUGCACACUGCAUAUAUUUACUAUAUUUUGCUUUAAUGAGUUUCAAGUUCCCACUGAGAGAACAUUUUCCCCGAUCUUUCUUUUUGUUGCGCACAACUGACGCACAUGCAGUUCUUUACAUGCAUAUAAAAUGCACACUGACACACACGGGGUGUUUGUGGACUCAAGGUCCGAGGCACAUUGUGCUUAUUUGAGUUAUUUCAGCCAUGACUUGGCUCACAUCCCUUGUUUCCAGUCUCUCCUCCACACUGGCCGCCCUAGAGAAGGGACAGUGCCUCCAAAUAGACAGAAUGCUCUCUGCUACUUUCCAAGUAUCGUUAGCUGUAUUUCAAAGCCCCUUGUAUCUUAAUACCAGGAACGCUUGUGGAGACACUUUACCCUUUCUGUUUUAAAGUGGGCGUCCCUUGACGGAUAAAUAGUUUCUGAAUGGUUCCAGAGAGAGUUCAGAGAUGUUGCAUUCUGUUUUUUGUUGCUAUCUUAAUGACUCGCCACACGGUUACAGCGAUAUUGUUUUCAGUUUCACAUUCUGCACACGUUUCUUUCUCACACUGCAUUUGCACAUAAUGCACAUUUUAUGAUCUAUUAGUUCGAAUCUCCUUUUCACUUUCUUCACAUUUCACUGCGUGACUAUGCGGCAUUACACCAGAAUGACUUAUGGGUUGGUUUGUGGUCCAUCACUGAUGCUUCCUUAAGUGAAUUACAUCCUUUCCCAAACAGGAGGAUGAAAUGCCUUUCAAUUUUCAGUGAUGAAUGAUUUUUCUUGUUUUCACUCCACAUCUGACUGGAUUGAUGUUCCUCUCUGCAGUAGCUGUUUUUCCUACCGAUAUCUAUAAGCAUGUUAGGCAUGCGUAGGGGUUUGUCCUCAGAAAGUAGCUCUUCCUUAAUAUAAAACAGUAUUGGAGUAAUCUCUGUUCGCUCCAACAGGAUAUUUGUGAGAGUGCUCCCCUUUUUUUAUCAUGACAUUGUGUUUUUAUAAAGCUUGCUGGCUUGCUGAUCCGGCUGCCGGCUGGAAAUAAGAAACAUGUUUUGUUUCAUGUGUUGGCUGAUGUAAAGAUGUUGUAAGUACUUGCAUUGUCCUGAUUAGAGCAGACUGAUUCAUCCUUGGGGGAUACCUUUUUUUUAUUUUCAAUCUUAUUUUAGACUCGUCUUAUAUUAAAUGUCAUGUUAUAUACAGAGGCCUAUUUUUAAGGUUUUAUAUUAUCGGUAUUGUAUUUUUAUUUUGCUGUAUGACAUAUCCUGGUAUGCAGUGCUUUAUUUUUAUUUGCAGUACAUGCACAUACAGUAUAGUAUCUUCAUGUAAGCUGUGAUACUGAAUGUGGCUGCACAUUGUUUGGUUUAUUUCCACAUCCUCCCUAAAGACGUCAGGAGUCGUUUCAAAGGAACUUGAAAGAUUUAUUGGAUAUGAUUUUAUUUUUGUUAUUUAAUUUAUUAUAAACUAAGAAAUGUAUUUCUUUUUAUGAGAAUAAAGUCCAUGAAACCAUA